GAUGUGUGACCGCAGCGGGGGCCGGCGGCUGCGGCAGUGGCUCAUCGAGCAGAUCGACAGCGGCGCCUACCCUGGGCUGGUGUGGGAGAGCGACGAGAAGCGCGUGUUCCGCAUCCCCUGGAAGCACGCGGGCAAGCAGGACUACAACCAGGAGGUGGACGCGUCCAUCUUCAAGGCCUGGGCAGUCUUCAAAGGGAAGUUCAAGGAGGGGGACAAGGCCGAGCCGGCCACUUGGAAGACGCGACUGCGCUGUGCCCUCAACAAGAGUCCGGACUUCGAGGAAGUGACCGACCGCUCGCAGCUGGACAUCUCGGAGCCGUACAAGGUGUACCGCAUCGUGCCUGAGGAUGAGCAGAAAUGCAAAGCAGGCGUGGGAGCCCCUGGCAGUGCGGGCGAGGCCCUGGAGAGGGGCUGCGAGGAGCUGGCCAAAGAGCCUUGUGUGGAUGAUUACAUGGGGGUCCUCAAGCGGAGCCCCUCCCCGCCGGUGGCGUGCCGGGGUCAGCCACUCCCGGACUGGUGGUCACAGCAGCCGGCCGCAGGCUUACCGCUGAUGCCUGGGUACGCGGCCUAUGAAGGGCACCACACAGUCUUCUCGCAGAUGGUCAUCAAGUUUUUCUACGGGGGCAAGUUGGUGGGCCAGACCACCACCACCUGCCCCGAGGGGUGCCGCCUCUCGCUGGGCCAGCCGGGCCUGCUGGGCACCAGGCUGUACGGGCCGGAGGGCCUGGAGCUGGUGCGCUUCCCGCCGGCCGACAGCAUCGCCAGCGAGCGGCAGCGGCAGGUGACCCGGAAGCUGUUCGGGCACCUGGAGCGGGGCGUGCUGCUGCAUAGCGGGCGGCAGGGCGUGCUGGUCAGGCGGCAGUGCCAGGGCCGCGUCUUCUGCAGUGGCAACGCCGUGCCCUGGACGGACCGUCCCAACAAGCUGGAGCGCGAGGAGGUGGUCAAGGUCUUCGACACCAGCCAGUUCUUCCGAGACCUGCAGCUGUUCUACAGCGGCCAGAGCCGCCUGCCCGACAGCCGCGUGGUGCUGUGCUUCGGGGAGGAGUUCCCGGACGCCGCCCCGCUGCGCUCCAAGCUCAUCCUCGUGCAGGUCGAGCAGCUGUACGCACAGCAGCUGCUGGAGGAGGCCCGGAAGAGCUGCGGGGCCGGGAGCCUGGCGCCGCCCGAGGAGUCCCCGGCCGACCCGGUCCUCCGGCUCUUCCCCGACCCGUGCACGGCCCACCAGCGGCCCUUCUUCAGGGAGAACCAGCAGAUCACCGUCUGAU